CAGAAGACAAACCAGUCUGUAGGUGUUUUGACAGGAGUAACAAGAUGAGAGCAGAGAUUGCGAAGUCCAUAUUGGAAUCCGUUAAGAAAGCAGUGGAAAGUGAGUCGUUUGGUAGUGUAGAGGAGUUAUUUAUGAGUGUGGGCAUUAAUCAGGAGAUUUUUGAAAUGGCAUAUAGGAAAAUGCAAAAGAAGACCAAGUUAGUUUGUAAGAGAGGAGUAAAUGAAGUUUGGGUCAAUCAGUAUAGCAAGCAGUUGUUGAAGUGUUGGAACGCUAAUAUUGAUGUGAGCUUUGUAACUGAUGCGUAUGCAGUUGUUGUGUAUAUAAUAUCGUAUAUUACAAAAACAGAGAGAGAAAUUGGCCUGUUAUUGAGUAAUGCCCAAAAAGAAGCCAAAAACCAAGCAAAUGUCUCAGCUAAAGACGCGUUGAAGAAGUUGGGUAGUGUGUAUUUGCAUAAUAGGGACGUUAGUGCUCAGGAGGCAGUGUAUAGGUUAACGAACUUGCAUUUGAAGGAGUGCUCUAGGAAGGUUGUGUUUGUGCCGACAGGGAAUAAUAUAGUGAAGACGAGUUUACCCCUCAGUGUUUUGAGGCAGAGAGCAUCUGCACACGAUCUUAGCACAGAAGAUAUGUGGAUGACGAGCUUCGUGGAUAGAUAUAGGAACAGGCCCGACGGUGAUGUGUUUGAAAAUAUGUGUAUGGCGACAUUUGCGUCGGAGUAUCGCGUUCUUUCCAAAAACGAAAAGUCUGCGGACAUGAUUGGAUUGAAAAAUGAUUUGGGCUUCAUUUUGAAGAGAACACGUACUCAGUUUGCGGUUGUUCGGUACAUGCGCGUUAGUUUGGAAAAACAUCCAGAGUUGCAUUUUCAGAGUUUGCUGCAGUUGUUCCUUCCAUAUAGAACUGACUCAGACCUCAAACCUGAAGGCUUUGAGCUGUUUGAACAGUUCCAUGAGGACGGAAGUGUGACAUUUAGUGACGGGUCAGUACAUGCGGUUAAGGACGUGGUGAAGGAUAAUAGAGCUGUGUUUGAUGUAGAUAAUCCAGAUUUAGAGCGUGCGCAGGAGAUUGCAGAGCAGCAUGGUGUAGAUGAGGAGGAUGCUUGGGGGGAGCUGUGUCCUGAACAGGAAGUUGAACGCCUUGAGUGUUUAGAGGAGAGAAGGCAGCUGCAGGGAUCUGAGACAGUAGAGGAGCA